GCUAUCUCCUCUCUCGACUCUCUUUCUCAGUUUCUCGUCAUUCUCUCACACGAGCUGAAGCUCUCGUCAGCUUGUCUCAUCUCCGAUCUCUCACCUCUCGUCUCCAGUCUGUCAAGCUCUCGUCAGGUCAAGCUCUCCCUUCACUGCGCUCGCUUCGCCGGCGGCAGAAGCAGACGGAACCACAUCUGGUCCCUCGGGUGGUGGUGGUGGUCGUCUUGUUGCUUCUCACGGUCUCUGUCUCGCACCUGGUCUCGAUCUCUCCCUUCCCUGCGCUCUUCGUCGCCGGUAGCAGAGGCAACAGAUCCCGGUAGGCUGGUCUUCGUUGUCGUCUUCUUGCUUCGAGCCUUGCCGUCAGCUUCUCCUUCGCCAUCAGCUUCCUUCGCGCAACCCGAUUUGGUCAACCAGGUGAAUUAGCAACCCACCGGUUGAACCAGUAACCCAGUCAUAUGAACGGAUCAAUUACCGGUUCGGUUUGGAUAACUAUGUUAACGAGAGUUGUCAACAGUAGCUCCCAGUGGUACUGAAACUCGUACUGUGAUCGGAAUCAGGAAACCCUAAAUUGAGUCAUUAGCAUGCAGCAGGAAGGAGGAUCCGACACGGAAGUGACAUGGGAGGACCAGCAGAACAUCAAUAAGUUCGGAAGAUUGAACAAUCGCUUUCAUGAGCUCGAGGAUGAGAUCAAAAUUGCCAAGGAAACAAAUGAUAAUUUGGAAGAUGCGAGCAAUGAGUUGAUUCUCACAGAUGAAGAUGUGGUUCGGUUUCAAAUAGGUGAGGUCUUUGCACAUGUGCCAAAGGAUGAAGUCGAGAAUAGAAUAGAAAACAUGAAAGAGGUGACAAGCCAGAAACUGACAAAGCUUGACGAGGAGAAACAAUCUGUGGUUGCUCAGAUGGCUGAACUGAAGAAGAUUUUGUAUGGGAAGUUCAAGGACUCGAUCAAUCUCGAGGAGGAUUAGUAGCCUUCUUGUUUAUAGGUCUUUUGGGGUUGAUUUGAACUCUAUUGGACUUUGAGAAUUUUUCAAUCAGAUUGUCCCAUGUUUUAUUUCAUUUCAUGUUUAGAGUAUUUUCUUGCUUGAACUCUAUUGGAAAUGGACCUCUUUUUCUACAUGUCUUUGGUUUCA